UAUUGUAUUAAUAAAUCGGCAGUUAUCUAGCGCGCGUUAACGUAUUUUAUAAUAAUUUGAAUAUUAAAUAUCAGUUAUAUACGUCUAACAAUAACGAUGAGGGUGACGCACAGUUAUAACCUAAUCGUUUGCAUAACGUAACAUCGAAAGGUUCCCGAUGGUCAAGAAGACGAUGGUUCUGAGUACGGAGUGGGCGCAGGUUGAAGUGGUUGAGUUAACGAAUGACGGCAACGGUCUCGGCUUCAACUUGGUGGGCGGUCGGAGCACCGGCGUCGUGAUAAAGAUGUGGAUGCCCAACUUGCCCCUGACCAUACUAACCGGAGUAGCAGCCGGCGCGGGCCUCCUCAGCUUAUUCAAAGACUUGUAUGGGGGAAAAGCGUAUACAAAGGAGGCAUCUGCGGAUGGAAAGACGAUCAUAGUCACAGGCGCGACGAGUGGAAUCGGACAGGAAACCACGUGGGAGUUCGCUAAACGUGGUGCUAAGGUGUUCAUGGCAUGCCGUGACAUGGUCAAGUGCGAGGAAGUAAGAAAGGACAUAGUUCUGGAGACUGGCAAUAAGUAUGUGUACUGCCGGCCGUGUGAUCUCGCUGAUAAUGCGUCAAUCAGGAAGUUUGUGGAGAGGUUCAAAUCAGAAGAACCCCACGUGCACGUGCUAGUGAACAACGCGGCUGUAAUGGAGCCCCCACAGCGGGUCACGCGCGACGGCUACGAGACCCAGCUGGGGGUCAAUCACAUGGGGCACUUCCUGCUCACCCACCUGCUCAUGGACACGCUCGAGGCAUCAGUCCCCAGCCGAGUUAUAGUGCUGACCUGCGUAGCGCACGCUCGCGGUGACAUCAAUAAGGAAGACCUGAACUUCUCCAAGCAGUAUGAUGCAGCAGCUGCUUAUAAUCAGAGCAAGCUGGCGAAUGCGCUGUUCGCUAGAGAACUGGGGAGGAGGAUGUUGGAAAAAGACAUAGCAGUGAUAGCAGUAGACCCAGGGUUCGCAGACACGGAACUAUCCCGAAACCUGGCCAUGCGCAAGAGCCUGACCCGCUUCGUGGUGUACCCGCUGUUCUGGCCCGUGAUGAAGAAGCCCAGGGUUGCUGCGCAGACCGUGCUGCAUGCUGCACUGGAACCAGCGCUGCAGAGGUGCAAGGGGGACUAUUUUGUUGACAUGAAACCAGCGGAACUAUCAGAAAAGGCACAAGACUACGAGUUAGCGAUGUGGCUGUGGAAGGUCAGCGAGCGUUGGACCAGACUAUAUGAACAUAAGGCUGAUUUACAGAAAAUUAUGGCGGAAUAAAUAUAUGAAUUAUAUGAAAAUAUAGCUUUUAAUGUAAAGUGUAUGUUAAGUGCUCGCAUUUAGUGUUCGUUGUUUAGUGCUUAGUGUAUUUAUUUAGAAUAAAUGUUUGAUAAGA